AACGGAGAGCGUCGCCGUCCACAGUCAAGACAAGAGAUGGGCUCAAGAACAACUAAACAAACAAGAUCCAAAAUGAAUAUAAACCCCAGCAGUCCGUCGCCAUUAGUGACAUCCAGAAACGUCUCUCCAUCGCACAUCACAAAGCAAGCCCCCAUCUCCAACUCCUCAACCCACAAACAAACACGACCCCUCCUAUCCCGUUUCAGUAUAAACCACACCCAACCCAACAUAAUGGCCGCCAACAAGCCCAACACCCCCUUCGUUCUCCCCCCGGCCAAGCUCGCCCACGUGGUCAUCAGCACCACCCAGUUCAAGCCCAUGGUGGCAUUUUACAAGACCGUCCUGGGCGGCCACUCGCCCUUUGAGACGGACACCAUGUCCUUCAUCACCUACGACGACGAGCACCACCGCAUCGCCAUCUUCGCCCACCCAGAAGCCGCCACCGCCACCACCACCACCACCGGCCCGCCGCAGCAGCACCGCAGCCCGGGCCUCGAGCACAUUGCCUUCACCUACCCCACGCUUGGCGACCUAAUCGCGUCGUACCGGCAUCGCAAGGCGCUCGGCAUCCUGCCCGCCUGGGCCGUCAACCACGGCCCGACCCUGAGCCUGUACUACGCCGACCCGGACGGCAACCAGGUCGAGAUGCAGGUCGACGCCUUCGCCACGGCCGACGAGACCACGGGCUUCCUCAGGUCGCCCGCCUUCGCCGAGAACCCCUUCGGCGUCGACGUCGACCCGGAGGACCUCGCGCGCCGCCUCGACGCCGGUGAGCCCGCCGCCGACCUGCUCCGCCGCCCGGACAUCGGGCCCCGCUCGCUCGACACCGUGCCCCGGCCCGCGCCGUCUGGGGAUCUGAGGGAGAGCUAUGAGCUGGUCGAGGAGUCUGCUUGAGGGGGGCCGUGGAUGCCCGGGGGUAUAUAGUGUGUAUAAGAGGGAGAGGAGGUAUCGAGCGUGGUUCUGUGGAAAGCACAACGUGUUGGGUCUUAAUGACCAUGAUCUCGGAAAGUAACGGUACAGAUGGGUAUUCUAGAGAACUACAUACAUUCCACUCAACUUGGUAAAACAUCUGACAAAAUCACCCGAUG